AUGACUCGUAUUGGUUACAACACCAAACACUCCACCCGUCCGAGGGUGAAGGCCGAGGGGACGGAGGCGGUUGGCGAGGUCCAUAAGAACGAAGAAGUCAAGCAGUUUGUGCUGCUGGCCAACAUCUUGUGGCGAGCUCGGCUCAACAACCCUGAGGUCACGUCCUGUCUUAAGAGGUAUGUCAACACCCUGCCUCCUCAGGCUUUGGCCAUUCUCAAAUCUCACCUGCCUCACAUUGAGGCCAUGGGGGAUGACUUCGUCCCAACGGCGAAGAACAUCGCCCAGCUUGGGCCAAAGCGGUCCCUCAAUGUUGAAGCUAUUGCCGCAGCACUCCGCUCGGGCUGGAUUCGGGCCCUGCUCCGUCGUCUUGCGGCUCAGGCUGCUGCUGCUGCUGCUGCGCUGAAGGGUGAGGAUGUUAUUGCGACACACGGAGAAGAUGAGAAUGGUGGAUGUAAUGUCAAUGCCAAUGCCAAUGCCAGCGAGGAGGCUCCGUGGUUCACCAACCCGGACUGUGCCAUCUGGCUAGGCGAAAUGGCGCAUUUGCGCGCUGCAAUGCCCGAUGAUGCCUGGUUUCCCCAGGUUUCUCGCAAGAUGCGCGAUGCGUACACCGCAGGAUGGCUGGGUGUUUUCGGGCUCGCUCGCCCGAAGCCCGAGAAGCCUGAGCCUCAACCCAGGCCCAAGAAGGCAAACUCCCGCUUCGAGUUUGAUCGCAAAAACCCUCGUUUCCCCGAGCGGCCAGCCGUCGCUGUCAUGACCAUUGACAAGCGGCUGCGCAGCCCAAAGCCGGCUGCUACCCCUGAGCCCACAACCGCCAGCGGCUCCGACUCGACUUCCGAGUCGAAGACACGAGCUUCUCUCGGUCAACUUCUUCGAGAGGAUGACCGAGAUUUCUCGCAGCGCCAGCGUCGGUACAGACUGAGAUACGAUACCUACUCAUUACCCAGGUAA